CCCUUCUCACGGCCCAUGGUUCUGUCCUCCGUUCAGUUCAGGGGGCAGCUUACUACAUGCAGCUAUAGUAGAACAUACAAAUCAAACAGAGAAAGUGAAAGCAAGAAUAUAUAUAGAAGGAGUAAAUAUAAAAUUCCUGAAACAGAUGAAGCUUCCGAACAAAGCCUGUUGAGAGUAUUCUGCUGCAGAAUUGCAUUUGCCGUAAUGGAUCUUCCAGUGUGUCUGAUAGAAAAUCAGGAAGGAAACAAGCUUGUUGUAAACAAGAAAGCUCUGCAGAUUCUGCAUGGUAUUAACCAACCUGUAGUUGUGGUAGCAAUAGUGGGGAAGUAUCGAACUGGAAAAUCAUACUUGAUGAAUAAACUUGCAGGACAGAGAAAAGGUUUUGCACUGGGAUCGACAGUUGAGUCAAAGACAAAAGGUAUCUGGAUGUGGUGUGUUCCCCAUCCCACUAUGGCUGACCAUACCUUGGUGCUUCUGGACACAGAGGGUCUGGGAGAUGUUCAGAAGGGAGAUAGUAAGAACGAUGCAUGGAUAUUCUCUUUAGCUGUUCUGCUAAGCAGCACUCUAAUUUACAAUAGUGUUGGGACCAUUGAUCAACAGGCUAUGGACCAACUGCAUUAUGUGACAGAACUCACUGAGCUGAUAAAAGUGAAGUCACCUUCAGCAAAAGAAAUUAAUGAUGAAGAUGACGGCGCUGACUUUAAGAGAGUCUUCCCAUCUUUCAUCUGGUGUGUCCGUGAUUUUACUUUAAGUUUGGAGGUAGAUGGGAAAUCAAUUACAGAAGAUGAUUAUUUGCAGAACUCACUGAUGCUUAAAAGAGGUACUAGUAAAAAGGUGCAAGAGUACAAUCUGCCCAGGGAAUGCAUUCGCCAUUACUUUCAUUCCCACAAAUGCUUUGUGUUUGAUCGACCAGCCGACAAAGAAGGUCUGAACAAACUGGAUCAGAUUCCAGAAUCACAACUAGAACCUGAUUUUCUACAUCAGACAGAGAAAUUCCUGUCAUAUGUAUAUAAAAACAGCCAAAUUAAAACCCUUGCAGGAGGAUACCCAUUGAAUGGAAGAUUGCUGGGGAAUCUUGCCCUGACAUACGUGGAGGCUAUUUUAAGUGGCUCAGUUCCUUGCAUGGAGAAUGCAGUAUUGACUCUGGCAAAACUUGAGAACUCAAGAGCUGUGACUGAAGCAGUGUCCAAAUAUGAAAGCAAGAUGAACGAGCAAAUUGAUCAAUUUCCCACAGAAACACAAGAAGAUUUUCUUAAGCUACACCAAGAAAGUGAAAAAGAAGCUGUGAAAAUCUUUAUGAAUCAGUCCUUCAAAGAUGAAAACCAAGAAUUCCAGGCUAAGCUUAUUGAAUUGCUUUUAGAGAAACAAAAAGAAUAUUCCCAAUCCAAUGAGAUGGCAUCAAUAAAAAAGUGUCGUACUGUGAUCCAGCAACUAAGUAUGAAUAUGGAAAAAAGGAUAUUAGAAGGAUAUUAUUCCAAACCUGGUGGACACAAAUAUUUUGCUGAAGAUAAACAGAAAUUGAUCGAUGAGUAUCAUCAAUCUCAAAGGAAAGGAGUUAAGGCCCUAGAGGUUUUGCAGGAAUUCCUCAAAGAAAAAGAGAAUGUGGAGACAGCAAUUCUGCAAGCUGAUCAGUCCCUGACAGACAAAGAAAAGCAAAUAAAAGAGCAAAGAGCUCAGGCAGAGGCUGCAAACAGGGAAAAACAGAUAUUGGAAGAAAAUAAGAAAUGUUUAGAGAAACAAAUGGAGGAUCAGAAGAGAUCCUUUAAAGAACAGGAGGAAAUGAUGUUGCAGAAAAUGGAAGAAGAGAGGAAAAAGAUCAUAGCAGAAAAUGAAUGGCUCAUCAAAGAGAAACUAAAGGAACAAGAAGCCAUGUUGAAAGAAGGAUUUAACAAACAAUGUGAUAUGCUGUCCGAUCAGAUUAAUUCUCUGCGGAGGCAAAAUGAAGAAGCAUCCAGAGGCUCCAUUUUUGGUGAUAUCUUAAGUGCAGUAUUACCUGGAGCAGUGGGACAAUUAUUUGGCAGGCUGCUAAAAUAGAAUAUCUAUAAUUCUAUUAAAGAAAUGGGGGGGGGGGUUAAAUAAAAAAUGAACUACUAAAACUAAAAAUAA